GGGUAGGGAUGGGGAACCCUCGACCCGGGUCGCAGCCUGGGCGUGGCUCGGCCCUGCGCACCCAGAGCGAAGGCCGUGUACUCGGCGCGGCCCCAGGCCCCGGAUGCGGGGCGUCCAGCCCAGACCUCGUCCUCGGGGAGAGGAGAGGCGGAAGCCAAGGGGAGGAAAUGCAGUCCAUCCACUGGAGUCGCGGCUGUGGCCCUGGAAGCGAACCUCAGACCCGCCUGCCCGCAGGGAGGCCGGGAGGGGGGACCUCGGACAAAAUGGCGCAGCCGCACGGCGCAGGGUGGGCGACUCGGGCCGGCGCGCGCUGGGCCGUCCGGGCGUGUUUCCGGACCAGCAGAGUCGGAAACGGACUCGGGGCGCGCGCCCCGGAAAGAGUAGGCGGGGCCGCUUUCCCGGAAGUGCGGCUGCGUGGCAGGGAGCUCGGCCCUGCAUCUCCGUAGAUGCCCCGCGGAGGGAGCGCGUAGAGAGGAGAACCGGUUCCUGCGGAGAUCUCGGUCCUUGGUGCCGCUGUGUGCGUGCGUGAGUGUGAGUGUGUGGGUGAGUGUGCAGGGGGCGGGACCCAGGCAGGGCAGGGGUCCCGCUGAGUGUGUGCGUGUGUGUGUGUGUGUGUGGGGGCGGGACCCAGGCAGGGCUGGGGUCCCGCCGCGGGUGGGGAGGGAGACUCGCAGAGGAAAGAGAGUUUGGCUGUCGUUCCCGAGUCCCAAAGGGAGGGGCGGGAUGGACGGGCCCCUACCUCCCCGGGAGUCCGCCAAGUUCAUUUCUGAGAACAGCCGAGACGUGUCCAUCGACGGCGGAGGCGUGCGGAGGGUGGCCGAGCUGCUGCUCGCCAAGGCCGCGGGCCCCGAGCUGCGCCUGGGCGGCUGGAAGGCCCUUCAUGAGCUGAACCCCAAGGCGGCCGACGAGGCCGCGGUCAACUGGGUGUUCGUGGCAGACACACUCAACUUCUCCUUCUGGUCGGAGCAUGAGGAGCACAAAUGUCUGGUGGGCUACCGGGGCAGGACGUACAGUGGGUACUGGUCCCUGUGCGCCGCCAUCAACAGAGCCCUGGACGAAGGGAUACCAAUAACUAGUGCUUCGUACUAUGCCACAGUGUCCCUGGAUCAGGUUCGGCAUAUCCUCCGUUCUGACACGGAUGUGCCCAUGCCUUUGAUCCAAGAGAGGCAUCGGAUUCUCAAUGAAACCGGGAAAAUCUUGCUUGAGAAAUUUGAAGGCUCCUUCCUUAACUGUGUCCGAAAAAGUGAAAAAAGUGCACAGAAGUUAAUGCAUCUGGUAGUUGAAAACUUUCCCUCUUACAGAGAUGUGACUGAGUUUGAGGGGAAAAGAAUUUCUUUUUACAAACGGGCCCAAAUCCUUGUGGCAGAUACGUGGAGUGUGUUAGAGGGAGAAGGAGACGGCUGCUUUAAGGACAUCUCCAGCAUUACCAUGUUUGCUGACUAUAGAUUACCUCAGGUACUUGUUCACCUGGGAGCCCUGAAAUACUCUGAAGGACUACUGGAGAAGCUUCUCAAAGGAGAAAUGCUCUCGUAUGGGAGUAGGCAAGAAGUAGAAAUCAGAGGGUGCUCACUUUGGUGUGUUGAGCUGAUCCGGGAUUGUCUUCUGGACCUUAUUGAAAAAAAGGGUGAAAAAACGAGUGAAGAGAUCAAUUCCAUUCUUCUGGAUUAUUACUUAUGGGACUAUGCCCGUGAUCACAGGGAUGAUAUGAAAGGAAUUCCAUUUCAUCGAACACGUUGCAUAUAUUACUGACCCAAAGCGUAAAUUGACCCAAAGAAAACUGCUUGCAUUUUUAUAUCACAUAAUUGUUUAUACAAUUUCACUUUGAUGUUAAGAGAAAGUGGUAGGGUUUCAGCAACAAGAACACUGAUUACCCAGUCUCACUUAAAAAUUUUCUCCUGACAUAUCACUCUGUAUUCCCAAAGUUAAUCCUUUUUCUGCUUAUUUAGUUUGACACUAUUUUUCCUUUUUGUGGACACAUGACAGAAAUAGUGAAGGAACUUUAAUGCUUUAAAUCUCAGAUUUCUUAAAAUUAAUCAUGUCUUAUAAUUAAUCUUCAGUGACAGUAUUUCAUCUAUUUAGUUGGUAUCUUUUCACAAUGUAUAAUUUUCUGUAUACCUUAAUCAUGAGAUAUGAGACAGGGGUGGGUGAGGUCUUUGCUAUAUAAUUGCUGCUACUCUUAUAAAAUCUUGACAGCUUGUUUUAAACUUUUUAUUGGUAAUGACAGUGGGAUUUUUUACAUAAUGAUUUCAAUUCAAGAUAUCAGUCUGUCCAGUUUUAUUUUUCUUUCAGAGUAUGUAACUACAUUGAAAUUGAAUAAAGAUUUUAAAAACUUUUCUUAAA